ACCCACACAGAUUUCGACUUGGUGUGCAAUUCAGGGUGACUUCUCCUAAGGUCACCCAUCCUUGUUGUACUCCACACUGAGCACGUUUAACUUCGAGUUCUCACAAGAACUCUUCCGUUUCACCACAAAACGCGUCCUGUCAGUUAAGGUCGGUUUCCUACUUAUGAACCAUGGAUCUCUCUCAUGCUUUGUCGAUGUGGGAUUUGCCUAAGGUGUUACAUUGUCUCCAUAUAAUAAAUUUUUCGCUGGGAUAUCUAGGGUACUUAGAUAAUGGUACACUACACCUGUGGUUUUAUGUAUAAGGAAAUUGAUAUUUCAAUGGGUUGAAGUUUACUAAGUUCUUUGUUGGUUUGUAUUAAUAUUCUCGUUCAAUUUUUCCAAUCUUCUAAAUCUUUUUAUGGGUUACUACUACAAUUCAAGUCUAAUAUAUCAGGGUUGUUGAAGCUAGUGUUUGAGUAUUUUGGGAUGUAUGAGUGUGGUAUUUUACUCCAUCCUCCCUUCAUACGAGUAGUGUAAGAGUUUCUGUAUAAAAAUUCUUCGUAAGAGAAUUAUCAAUCAAAAAAGUUUUCAUAAUUAUGUUUUUAGAUGUUUCCGCUUCUUCUGUUUUUUCAUAAUUUGUAUAAGAAUUUUCAUCGCUACUAUAAUCCAAGAAUAUUUUUUCAUUUUCAAUAUUUUCUCCUGGUUCUGAAAAUAUGCUUAUAGCUGCUAAUAAAUCAUUUAGUUUAUUAAUUUGUUCAUCAAUGGAUGUCAUAAAAUAUUGUAGGGUGCUACAAUUGUAAGAAAAUUGCGUAUAUUUAAUUUAUUAUUUCUUAAAUAUUCUUUUAAGUCUUCAAUUAUAACACAUAUUUUAUUAUCGAAUUUUACCAUUAUUUCUUGAAGUUUAAUAAUUAUCUAUUACCGGUAAAAUAACAGCGUUAGCAUUUUCACCAGAUUGGACUACCAUUUUAUAUUUAUCUCGUAUAUUUGUUUUAUGUAGCUGCUGACGAGCGGCCGAGGCGCUUACCCGCUCGAGCCGAUCGAGUCACUCGUCCGGGUUUUGCUAUUCAGCAGUUAAAUUUAAUUAAAAAAUUGUAGAAAAUUGAAAAUUGAAAUAAACCUAAAACGCCGGGGUCUCAAACUGAAUCCUUAUUUUCCUUUCACAAUUUCGAAGGAAGAGACGAGCUCUAAUUAAGAAAUGUCCACGAUGAGAGAGAUUCGGGGUAGGAAGAGAAAUCUGGGUAGAGAGAGAAAUCGAGCGAGAGUGAGGCAGAGGGUCAGUCACCGGUUUCACGAUCGUUUGUUGUUUUGUAGGUCCAGUGCUUCCAGGUCAGUGGAGAAUGGUGACUCGAGGGGAAGAUGCUACCGGCAAGAGAAGUUUGGAAGGAAAUCGGUCACUAUCACUAGGCAGACUUCCGGCAAGAAUCUUUGGUACAGACUUAUAGUGGAAUCUGGCAGUAGGAAUUGGAGUGUUAUCCUGAACGAAGAACAUCUUUCCUGGCUCCAAGGAGUUCUUCAAACAGCAGCUAUGAAAAGGUGGUAUUUUCCCUCAUGUUGUACUAAAAGAGUCCUGGGACAGGUUAUUCAUGUUGGAAAGACCCGCGUUCGACAUGAGGAGCUUCUCCAAAUCUCUGAGCAGACUGCGAACGGAAGAGUGUUCAAAGUUCUGAUUCCUGUCUCUGGAACUAAAGUAGGAUGGGCAGGUUUGAUCAAGAUGCUUCAAGAUUUCUACAAAACAGAACUACAGUCUCGGCUCUGCUCUGCUUUUGAUCCCGUCUCAUUGCUUCCUCCACCGGCGCCUCUGCAAUUUACAACCAUCCCUGGGAGAACUUAUGCCGAGGUAGUAAGAGGGGGUGGCUUCUAUGGAGCAGGUAGCUGCAGCAUCAAAGGUUCUGGCAUAAAUAGAUAUAUUGAAGUCGGUGCAAAAGGGAUUGCAGAACGUAAAGAACUUCUAGGACGCAGUCUGGUUAUAAACUUUACAUCAGCUGGGUCAGAGGUGUUCAGGAGCAGCUUUGUGGCAGAGUUCAGAGCGUGGGCCUCUAAAACCUGGGCUAUUAACGAUAAUUUUGGAUUCAUCGAAACAGCAGAUGGUAACUGGUUACUGAUUUGUCCAAGCGUAUCAGAAGCUCUGCGAAUUAAAGAGCUCAGCCAUCUUCUUUUCAAGGAUUUCUACAUAAGUAUUAGCCCCUGGAUGGAAGAUGUCACGCACAGAAACUCUGACGAUACUUGGAUAUUGGUUUUCGGUAUCCCCUUGCACCUCAAGAGUGUCGAUUUAUUGGUGACCAUAGGAAAUUUUUGUGGAAGUUUUAUUGAGGUGGAUUGGAAUUCUUGGAGUCUCGAUUUUGUGCGGAUCAGAAUAAGGAAGAUUAGAAAGAUUCCUGAAUCAGUUUUGCUUCUUGCUGGAUCAGUUGGUUUCACGGCUAGGGUGGUUGUGUCGCCGACGGCGAGCGACUCCAGUCAAGGUAUGGGGAAGUGUGAGAGUUCCAUUCAAUUUGGGAAGACGAAUCGAUCUUCCUCGGUUUUCCCGGCACGCAUCUCUCCAAGCAGCAAUGUCCAACUGGUUUCUCCGAGAAGCGGCGGUAAGGCGGUGGGCAUUUUGUCUUCCAGAGAUCCUAUUCCUAACCGUUGUUCUCCAACUAGAGUUUGGGUGCGCAAAGCAAGCCCAAGCGGACUGGGCCGCUCACUGCCUUCUUUGGAUCGAAGCCUCCUUAAGCCUGUCACUUCUCAACCCUACCCGCCCUUUUCAGUUCCCCCUUCAAGCCCAUUCCCCAACCUAAAUUUCUUUAGCCUGUUAACCAACCUUUUCUGUUGGCCCGAAUCCCCCUUUCCUGUUUGGCUAUCUUUAGACCUCCGUGAAACUAGCCUUCUGAGAAUCAGUUUCCCUUACCCUGCUCCUCCGUUGAGUGACAUCCUCCUAUCUCAAUCAUCAAACUCAAUUUCCAACCCUAGUCCCUUCCACCCGGCCUUACCUUCUUCAAUACCCCAAGAGCCUCUCCCCGGUCAACUUCGUCUAUGCUUUCCCACUUCUAAUUCCUCUUUAGUUGUCGACCUCUCGAUGGCAUCCUUCCCUUCUUCCCCUCCAUCCUCUUCGUCCCUUUCAUCUUGGGAUUCACCCAUGCCCCCCUCCUCGUCCCCCCCAACCUUUGUUCCCGAGACUCCAACUCCACCCUCGUCUCCACCCUCAGGUUUUUCGGAACUUCCUUCUCCCUCUUGUAACACUGGUGGCGAUCAACCGAGAUGGAUUCUGGAGCAAUACCCCUUUAACUCUGUAUCUUUGGUGAACUGCACGAAAGACCUAAGCAAUCUGUUUGGACUAGAACAGGGGGAAGGUCAGGGCAAUCUGGAUGACAUCUUAGCCUCUGUCGCCGUCUCUAUGCACAAAAGGAAGAUUAAAACCUCCAGAUCGAAACUUGAAAUGGAAAGGAGACGUUUGGGUCCCUCUUCUCCUCCCCCUUCAGGUCCUAGAAGAUGCAAGAAAGCUCCGGGUGUGGUCUCAUCCUUAUCUCUACCCUAAUGAAUUCUUCGGUUUUUGUUUGGAACGUAAGAGGUAUCUGUGACUCGGAUAAGAGGAGUCGUAUCAAACAGUUAAUCAGACGUCGGAAUCCUCAAGUUAUCGCGUUAGUUGAAACCAAGUGGAAUUCGUGCUCUGACUCUCUUGUUAACAGUGUAUGUGGCAGAAGAGAUAUGAACUGGGUCGCUAAAGAUUCGGUGGGAAGUUCAGGGGGAAUUGUUAUCUAUUGGGAUACGUGUCGUUUUCAGGAUUUAUCAAGCUACGUCGGCAACUACUAUUUGGCAGUUGAAUUUUUGGAGAUCAUUACAUCAAAAAUCUGGAGAUUUGUCGCCGUGUACGGUCCACAAGACAGGAGAGAUAAGUUGUGCUUUCUCAAUGAACUUCAUACCUAUUG